AUGGCGAAGGUGACAGGCCAGGCAGGAGGGCAAGGCGAAGUCGCCACUAGCUUGUCUGCCGGCGCCGCAACCGGUCUCAGAAGCACAGGAACCCCCCCUAGUGUUUCUGGAAGCGGCGGUUUCAGCGCUGCGAAACGGGCGAGUUCGGGUUACCAGUCCGCGGCGGAUUCGUUCCAGCAAUGGGCGAAAGGGCGACUGGGCAAGCGCGUGGCGGAGUUCAUCCCCAAUUUCGCCAUCGCGCUCACCAUCUACCUCACCGUGCAUGCCUUCGUGGUGCCGUCGACACUCCCAAGGCAUAACCGAUCCCUCCGCGGGACCGACUCCUCCGCCGCACGAUCCGGCGGGGGUCACGGCGACGGCGCAUCGUCGGGGGAAGCCUUCCCCGGAAUGGACGACUGGCCGGACGCGCCGAGCCUGCCACGUCGGCGCAUCCUCCGCGCCGCGUCAUCCGACGACCUUGUCGACGUGGACGAUCUCGACAUGGUCCACAACCAGAACAUGCCGCUUCCUGAUUGGGCGAGAGAUAUCCCUUCCAUGACCAUCUUCUGCGCUCCGAAGCCGUACUUAAACACCCCGGAGGACCCGCAGCGCCGCGCGCUGCUCUCCUGGCUGCGCCUCCGCCCGCAACCGAAAGUCGUGCUGCUGGGAUCCGAUCCCAGCUUCGAUCUCCUCGCGCAGGAAUUCCCGGGGUCCGUGUUCGUCGACUCGACGAUAGACACUAAUUUCUACGGCGUGCCGCUUUUCCACGCGAUGGUCGCGCGCGCGCAGGCGGCGGACACGCCGCUGUCGAUGCUGAUCAACGGAGAUAUUAUCCUCCUCUCAGACAUCGUCCCUGCGAUCGGGCGCGUGCAGGCGUUCUUCAGCGAGUGGAUCCUAACCGCGUCGCGCUGGGACGUCGCGGUGGAUUUUCCGUACUCGUUUGAGAAAGACGCGUGGCGGCGGAAACCCGGCCCCGUCGGAAUGAUGGCGGAGGCGCAGCGGGAAGCGGAGAUCCGCCGGUUCGUGCGCCGCGAGGGGAGCUUGCACACGUACGGCGGGGUGGACCUAUGGGUGUGGAACAACGUCCCUAACGUUCCGCUUUUCUCGGCGCACAUGCCGCCGUUUUCAUUCGGGCGCGGGAAAUACGACAACUGGUUCGUUCACGAGGCCGUCGCGAGCGGGCUGCGACAGGUGGUCGACGCGAGCGACGCGAUCACGAGCAUCCACGUGGCGCACACGUACUCGCACGUGCGCGUGGAGGAGAGCAAGGCUGGCGGGCAUUUUUGGAGCACGCGGAAGAAGAGCAGCUGGGAACUGUUUGCGAAUAUUCACCUCGCGGAGACACACGGCACGUACACCAAUCAGAAGGGAACGGCGCUGCACACGCCGUGGCGGCUCUCCUCCUGCUAUGAACCCGAUUCGCUCAAUAUAUGCAUGCUGAAGCGCGAGCGGCCAGCCAAUUGCUCAUGCGAAUACUCCGCCUACGAGUACAAGACCCAGUCCGACCCGCGCAAGCACCACUCAGGAGACUUCUGGAUCUGCGGUGUCGUCUCCAUCGAUCGCCGCGCCGAUUUCGCAAUCAACGCCGUCGCCCGCACCAACUCCACUGUCGGUCUCCCACACACCAUGGAGCAGCUGUUACCGCAGCUUGCCAGGGUUGUCCCGGACGUCCCCUUACCAGGCUCGGCCGGGGCUGGGAAGCCCAAGGAGCUGAAGGUGGUAACGCUGGUUGCGGUUACGUUCGGUUACGCCGAGAUGCUGAUGAAUUUUGUGUGUAAUUUACGCAAGCUGGGGCUCGGGAAUAACCUUAUUGUGGCCGCUUUGGACGAGGAUUUGUACCGGUUUGCGUUCACGCAAGGCCUGGCGGUGUUUUACGAACGCGCGAGUACGACUAUGAGGGGGAUAGACCAGGGCCAGUGCCAGUUCGGCACCAAGUGCUUCCGGCAAUUCACCAAGCUCAAGUCUCGUGCCGUGCUGAGGGUUCUUAAGGCUGGAUACUCAGUCCUCUGGUCUGAUGUGGACAUUGUGUGGUUCUCCGAUCCUCUCCCGCACCUGCUUUCGUACGGGCCUGGCACGUUCCCGAUCCAGAGCAACGAGCCGAACGCGACGCUGUCAGGCACGGGGAUCCGACGGAUCAACUCGGGGUUUUACUUCGCGAGAGCGGAUCCCAUGACUGUAAAGGGAUUCGAGGCGAUUGUCGCGCAUGCAGCCAAGACUCAACUGUCUGAACAGCCGAGUUUUUACGAUGUUCUCUGCGGGGAGAAAGGGGAGCUGCUGCUUCCGGAAAGCGUGGUGGAUGCUGACGGGAGGAAGGUUCACCGGGAGGAGUGUCAGUGGAGCAACGGCCUGCGGACGAUUUUUCUGCCGAGGGAUAUGUAUCCGAAUGGGGCUGUGCAUGACUUCUGGAAUCAGCCGAAUGUGGCGAAUGCGUGCAGCGGGUGUACGAUUCUGCAUAAUAAUUGGAUUUCGGGGAAGGAGGCGAAGAAGGAUCGGUUGGUGAAGAAUCGGUUCUGGUUUUAUGACUCGUCGCGGAGGAUGUGUAUCCAUGACUGGCAUGCGAUGCUGAGGGAGAGUGAGGAUGUUAGCAACUCGUCAACACCGACCAAGCGAUGGCGGUUUCUAUCGAAAGUUACCACCCUAGCAGGGAAUCUGGAACACACAGCGUUGAGGCUCGAUACGGCGAACAACUGCCAUCGAGAGAAUGACUCCAGUGCCAAUAAGCGCCUUAAUCUCCUCGGCAUCGGUGUCUUCCCUCCUACCGCAAUUAGCGGCGGGUCUUCUGCCGCCGUGGUCGCAGAGAGUUUCGAGAAAUUUCCGGCCGAGGCGUCGACUGCGCCGGCAAACGCGGAGGAAGAAGCGUCUGUCGACGUCGAGAAGGUUCGCGAGCAGCUUCUUCGCGAGGGUUUCGUCAUUCUCAAAGACGCGCUUCCGCGAUCAACGGAAUGGUCCGAGCCGCCUAAGCUUCCCGCUCAGCUCUUCCCAACGACAGCGUCCGAAUCCGAAUCCGAGUCGGACGCUGAGUUAAUCUCCACCCCCGCGUCGCUAGUAGCGAAGGCUCUCUUGCCGUCCUUGCCGGCCUCCGCGCUUCGGGUGGUGGAGGACGUCACGGGGACCAACGUGGAUCAGGGCCCGGCCACGUGGCACACUGUGAUUCGGCAAUGGUCUGCUGGCCUGGGCUGUUUGGACUGCAAGACGUGCGAGGACCCGAGUUUCGUCAGCGACAGUUGGCAGGUCGCCUGCACUCCGCCUGCUGACGUGGAGCUGAGUAGGCAGCGCCUGGAUGAUGCGAUCCUGACUGUUGUGGUUGCCACCCAAAACGCCAGCGACACGUCAGCGCCUUCCCAGCUGGCGAUCUUCCCGCACAGCCAUUGGCUCGUGGCCGACUGGCUGGAUGCUGCUGACAAGGAACCUUCCCUGAACCUUUUCCCCCGGCCAAACCAACUGCCUCUCCCAGCACCCAUCAAGGUCUCCCUUUCUUCCUCGGAUCUCCUCCUUCUGCAUCCCUGGGCUGUCUUCUCCCUCCUCCCCAACCCCUCCUCCUCCUCCGCCUCUCUCUGCUUCGACUCCCUCCUCCUCCCCUCCCCACCCGAACCCCUCACUCCUCCCCCCUCCCCUUCCUCCUCUUCCACCGUCCAAUCAUCACCAACAUCAGCCGCAGUAGCCGCAGCGCCAUAUCGCAUGUGGGCCAGCGCACCAACCCCUACCAAUCAGGAGGCAGGCGCUGACGUGGCACCACGAACCUUCUCCCUGCCACCAGAACUCAGCGAGCAGGAGCUGGAAGCGCUGGAGGAGGAAGAGGAAAAGGCAAACCUCGGGAAUUGGGCAGUAGCCAUGGUCGGCCGCUCCUCCCCAUCUGCAGAAGCAGCAGCGGCAGUGUCAUUCCCCCAUGCAGACGCGCGCAGCCUCAUGCUCUGGCGCCUCACCUCCCAAGCCCGCCACCUCCUUGCAUCCCAACGCUUUGAGGAGGCGCUACCGCUUCUCAGGAGGGCGGUGGGGCUGCGACCGCAGGAUGCGUGGCUGUGGUACCAGGCUGGCAGGAGCGGCGAGCAGGCCGCUCCCAAGGGGCAGCUGGCUGGCCGGGCGGGGAGGAAAUGCAUGCUGGAAGAUUCUGAGCGGUUUCUGCUCCGUGCCAUUGAGCUGGCUCCAGCAUGGCCUCUGCCGUACGCUUCUCUCAUCAUCGCCCUCAUCGCCAUGGGCCGCGGGAGGGAGAAUGAGGCACCAGCAGUUCUGCAGAAGCUUUUGGCAAUCCCACACCUUGCUGCAAUUUGUGCUGCGGAUCCAGCGACCGCUGCUACUGUCAACCACGCUGUGCAGAAUGUGGUGAUUUCCCUAGCAUCGCAUGCACAAAACGAGGAGGCUCGCAGAAUCCAGAAUUACAGCUCCAUUGCUAGCUUAGCGCUUCCAGUGCUGCUCUUCUUUCUGCUUUGCCUUGCAACUGCCAGCAAGGAUUUAGACGCCAUCGCAGCAUCUGCGCUUUCUCGUGCUGUCCGCACGCUCCAGCACACGAGCGCGACAAGCCUUGAAUCUCGAGCUCGCAAGGGUGUUCGCGCCGAGGCCAAGCCCACAGCCGAGGCGACGUUGACCGGCGUCGUGUUCGAGCCGUUCGCCGAGGUGCAGAGCCAGCUUACCCAGGUUCCCGCCGUCAUCCAGCCGCAGGAGUCGUUCGCCCGGCAAAACUAUUCCUCAGCCGCCGAGGCUGGUAUCAACGAGCAGAUCAAUAUCGAGUACAACAUCUCGUACGUGUACCAUGCGCUGUACGCCUACUUCGACCGCGACAACGUGGCCCUGCCAGGCUUCGCCAAGUACUUCAAGGCAGCCAGCCAGGAGGAGCGGGAGCAUGCAGAGAAGCUGAUGGAGUACCAGAACAAGCGUGGUGGCCGGGUGAAGCUGCAGUCCAUCCUGAUGCCCGCGACCAUGGAAUUCGAUCACCCUGAGAAGGGCGAUGCUCUUUACGCGAUGGAGCUUACCCUAGCUCUUGAGAAGCUGGUCAAUGAGAAGCUGUUGGCCCUUCACAAGGUGGCAUCUGACGCUGGAGAUGUCCAGCUUACCGACUUCCUGGAGGGCAACUUCCUGAAUGAGCAGGUUGAUGCCAUCAAGCAAGUAUCUGACUACGUCGCCCAGUUGAGACGUGUUGGCAAGGGCCAUGGUGUGUACCACUUCGAUCUGGAGUUGGAGGCUGGAGCGCACUAA